GAGCAGCCCAUCCUGGACGUGGCGAAGAUACUGCAGGACUACGUGUGGGAUAGUUUUAAAGCCCUGCCGGAGAAUAGACUCGCCCGGCCGUUCCUACGGCGCAAAAGCUACUCAGUCGACGUGCCCAUGAGCUACUUCGUCUUCGAGACGUUGUCCCACCGACAGGAGCUGACGCCGAGGGUGAGGUCGGAGCUGGGAGACCUCGCGCACAUUUUGGACAGCAAGAACAGGGACAAAAAGGUUAAAGAGCACGAGAAGCUGGUCACGAGCGACACCUACUACGAGAACAAAACCAACGUGGAGCAGACCUACAAAUUCCGAUUGGAGAAGACCCGCAAGGCUUCGCUGAGCGUCACCUUCACGAGGGGAUUCACCAUCAACGGGAAUGCCCGAUUCUCAAUCAAGCUGCCGCCGGCCGACUGCGGUCCCAGCGGGGAUCUAGGAUGCACGUUCAACAUCUCCAAGGCGACGACGGAGGUCAUCGAGGAGACGGUCGUGCUGGAGACCACGAGUGACAUCCACGUUGAGAAAAACUCAAAAUUCGUCGCCAGGGUGGCGCUUGCCGAAUCCGAGGUCAUGUACGACUUCAAGGUUUCCACGCUGAUGAGGUUCGCGUCGGACUGCGCCCUGGGAACCGUGACGCGCAAGAGCGACAACCGUGUCUUCUACUCGACGGCCAUCAAAAACUUGAACGACGUGUUCAGGGGUUUCGUCAAAAAAAUCCCACGUCAAGAUCUUACCGCUGGACACCAAACACGAAACACAGCAGUAUGCCAUAGAGCUGACGACAGUCGGGGUCCUCGAUGGGGUCAGACUCUCUAAUCAGUAUAUUUUUCUGGAAUCCCUUCCACUGUCCGGUGAAAAU